AUGCCACCAGUCAGAUCGGAGCCGCGCAGCAUGCCGAAUCGCCGAAGUGAUGCGACGAAAGUGAUAUCAGCACGGAUCCGAGAGCUGGAAACUCGUCUAGCGUUGUAUGAGCCUCAGUUUACUACCGGAAACCCCAUAACUCCAUUUAAUUACCUCAAUGAGGACUCUACGGCACAAAGGAUUUCGACCGAGCGCGAUAUCGGUUCAAGCCAAAACUUCGGAUAUCGAGUGCAAACUCUCUUCGAGCAAAGGUCAAACCAACCGCCGGAACCCCGGUCCCGACCAUUUAAAUCAACGAGAGCCUCUCUUUUCCCCGAAGAUCUACCCCCACUUCAGCCUCGGAUUAGUCGGCCAGGCUGGUCGCUCGCUGACCUGGAACUUCCGCCAGAGGAAGACGCAUUCCAACUACUUGAUACGGUCUUGUUCUAUUUUGAAGAACCACAACAUCUUUUUGAUGCCCGGUACAUCUCUGACCGACUCACGGCGUUCUACGAGAACCGGGAGGAACAGCUUCGAAGACCCGACAUACGAGUUGUUCAAAUACUUGUCAUUUUGGCUCUUGGAAAGCUAAUUCGAGGCGAGCAAGAUAUUCUAGAGCUGCCUCCAGGAACAAGGCUAUUCAAGUAUGCCCUUGACCUCCUGCCAACGCCGGAUGAGCUUCGAUCUCAAGGUGUUGCGGGGAUAGAGGCUUUAGCGAUCAUUGCAAUCUACCUACAGAAUGGUGAUCGAACAGAUGAUGCCGCCACAUAUUCCAUAAUUCUCACCCUUCGACCCAUCGUCUUACAUCUGACAAAAUCAAUCCUUGAUCGUGAAAUCACGUUCCCUGAGAGUCAUCACUCUUUUCAAGGCCUGACUGGCACAUGCAUUGAAGCUGCACGUUGGUGUCUAGAACUUAUGAUUGUCGCGCGAAAGGAAAACAUGAUAGCAAUUUUCGGCUUCUUUGAUCUCGAGGCAAUAUUCUCUGCGGGUUUCAUAUUGCUGAUGGGCGAAAUGAUUGAUGCCGCUAGUGCCGGCCAUGGGACUAGCUCCGUCUGUCUUAAGCCGAGUCCUGGAGUAUACGAAGCAAUGGAUCUGCUCCGAUACUUGGCUUCGUUCCAGAACCGUGCUGCUGAAGCCCGUUUGCAGCAAAUGCUUCGACUAAGCACCCGAAUUCCAUCUUUGGUCGAUGCCGUCAGUCUCCGCGAAGAAGCAAAGACAUAUGACAGGCUGCCACAACUCGACACGUCUGAAGUCGAAGGAACGGCUGCUGAAAUUGAUUCUGGUGAAAGUAAUUCUCUAGAUUUCAGGAUGGCUGGAACAUCGAUGGAGGGAUUGGCCCAGAGAUUCUUGCCAAUACAUUUCCCAACAGAUCUUCAGGACAUGCAUUCUGUGUACCAUGAUCAAGAUUUCGUUCUGACAGGAGCUGACAUAGCGGACUUUGAGGAAUUACAGCGACAAUUAUUCGGACCCGAAGUACAAAGCUGA